CGAAACCAUGCUUGGAAGCAGUAACAAGUUCGACCCAAACACUGACAUCCCCGACUUGAGCGGAAAGGUCUUUGUUGUAACAGGCGGCAGCGCAGGAAUAGGGUAUGGAAUCUCAGCGCAUAUCCUCCAGCACCAUUGCCAGAAGCUUUACCUUCUUGGGAAAAAGCAGCAUCACCUCGAUGAGGCCGCAGAGGGCUUGAAGCAGUACGGUGAUAUUUCCCGUGUGGAGUUUGUCCAGGUUGAACUUGAGGAUCUCCAUCAGACAGACCAGGUGGCGAAAAGACUUGUGUCCGAGCUAGACCGCCUUGACGCAUUGGUCUUGAACGCUGGGCUUGGUGUUGGGCCGUAUGGAGAGACUAAAGAUGGCGUUGAUAGCCAUAUGCAAAUCAAUGUCUUUGCGCAGCACCAUUUGGCCAUGACGCUACUGCCCAAGUUGAUCGCUACGCCUGACAGCAGGCUCUGUCUUCAAUCGUCAGAUCUGCACCGUGCAGCGCCCAGCGACAUCAAGUUCGCUGAUCUUCAAGAGAUCAAUCGGGACAUUGGCCCAACCUACCUCUACAACCGCACCAAAUUGGCCCAAGUACUUCUUGUUCGUGCCCUCUAUCGGCGGAAGCAGCAAGGUCGACUAGGUAUGCAGCCUGGACAAGGGCCUUGGAUCAACGCCACUCAUCCUGGGGGCGUCAAGACAGAUCAACAGGAACAGGCCAUUGAUGCUUACGGGACUUUGGGCAAGGUUGGAGUCGCUGUCAUUCGGCCUUUCAUGAAGGAUCCAGUGGACCAGGGAUGUCGACCGAUUCUGUUCGCGGCGACUAGUAAUGCUAUUAGGGAGGAGAAGAUUGAUGGUAGUUACAUUGUGCCAGACUGCAAGGUCACGGAGGCUUCUUCGCAGGCACUUGAUGAGGGUUUGCAGGAGCAGCUUUGGACACUUACGGAGAAGAUCCUGAAAGAAAAGCUUGGAUCUGGAGCUGGGCAGUAAGAAAAGAGAUGAGUUAUCUUAUCCUUGACCAGAUUCAGGAAUCAAAAAAGCUCCAUACAAUAUCUCACGUUCUAAGAGGUCAAUAAAAACCAAAUAAUUAUUUUCCUACCUUCAGACAUACUAACAAAAGUCAUGUGUUACUUGC